AAUUUUUAUUUUUCUCUAUUGUGAUCAUCAUCAUCAUCAUUAUAAAUAAAAAUUUCAUUUUUUUUGUAUCAUCUCUUUUUUUAUUUUUGAAUUUUAAAUCAACUUUCUCUCCCUCUCGCUUCCCUCUAUUUUACGAUCUGAUUCUCUCCCCUUAAUUCAACAUCAUUCCUCUCACUCUCUCUCAAUAUAGAUAAGAGGAUUUAGAAUAAUUUAGUGCAUUUAUCAUUUGUCGUCGUCGUCGUCGUCACCUUUUUUUUCGUGAAAAUAAACAAAGGGACCUGACAAUACUGGUGAUUGUUCACAGUGAUCAAUUAUAUUAACAUCCUUAAGUUUUAUUUCUCAAUCGGUUUCCAUCAAGAGAGUGUUUUCAUCGCCCACCCUUGGAAUAACAGAGUGUGCAGAGUUACAAUAACAGUGCAAGGAGAUUAAAUUUUCCAUCUGGGUCAGAUUUAUAUAAAAAAAUAAUCUAGGUCAUCGAAUUCUUUCAACACACACACACACGAGAAUUCGGAAGUCAUGAGAGGCGGAUCGUCAAACAAGUGGUGUAGUUAAGAUUCGGUGGUUAAUGUCUGAUGGCGCGCGCUGGCACUCAACGCUGGAGGAAUCCUGCUCCAGAAGGUGACGAUGUGCAACGAUCGAUUGAGCUGCUGGACAAAGUGCUCUCAGAAUACGACGAGCACGAAACCGAGGGUGAAGGUGGCGGCGGAGGCGUCGGACUUGGCGAUUGCGGUAGCAGCACGGAACCUAGUAUCGGUCUCACUCCAGACGACGAGAGUCCCUCCUUAGGGCACCAGUCAGAGGACGACGGAUAUAUGAGUAUGAAUGGGCGGAAGGCAAAGAUGGCGUUGGUAGCAUUACGUCCGGUUCCAGACUGUCCUGAACCGCAGGAUUCUGCAGGAGUUACCGCCCCGGAGUUUCCUCCGCCACCGGAAGAGGCCGAGCGCAUUAUCUCUACACUUCUCCCCAUGGUUUCUCCAGGAAACUCGUCAAAGAGAAGUGCUCAACCGUCUGGUCGUCGAAAUGGUCGACAGCAGUGGAUGGAAGAGUGUAAACGUCAUGGACACGCCGUUACCACUCAAACUACCCUGCCAAAAACAAGACACCAACGUCCAUACGGUUGGGAGAAUGGAAAAGGCGAGCCGUUCCGAUUGUCGAAACCGCCGAGUCCACCGAGUAAAUUUGCUAGUCUCCCAUACGAUGGUAAAGUAUCGUUCAAUUGGAUUCCACCGAGAACGUGUCCAAAGGCAAUGGAAAAGCAUCGUGAAGUAAGACGUCGAUCAUCUGAGGAGGGUCUCGACAGUAAAAAUCCAAGUCCAGAAAAAGAGCGACCGUCCCACAAUCGAAAGCAAAGACAAAGCAAUGAAAUUACCAAAUCGAAUAGCGUUGAGGAUCGUCUUCUAAUGAAUCAUCAUCACAAUGGCGGUGGUUCCGAUAUUGAAUCGUCGUCACGUCGUCGAAACAAUUCCGAUUCAAGUGAAGGACGUUUCUCAAGAAAUUCAGAAUCCGAACGCUCGUCAAUUCCACGUUCGAGUUCAGUGAGCGUUGAACGUUUCUCAAUGAGGGCAAAUUGUGAUUCAUCUGAUUUUUCACGAGCCAAUUCCACGUCCAAUGAGAGAUUUCAUUCGGAUUUCUCGAUAGCCGUUGCAAGUGCAAGUUCAAAUGAUCAUGAUAUUGACGAUGUUGAUAUUCCAUCGUCGAAUCCAUUUAAUAUAAGAAAUUUGGAUUUUGUUUCAUUUUCAUUGCCACGGGCGGAGUCGAGUGAGAGAUUCUCGGCGCAAACUUCUGAUAGGUGCUCGGAGGAACGUUAUUCGGAUAGAUUUUCAACGAGAAAUUCCGAUUUCUCAACGAGAAACUCAACGGACUUUAGAACACAAUCGGAGGAGGAACAUUUCUCGGACGAUUCACUUGAGGAGAUGCUUCCACCGCCGCCUCCAAUUAGCAAACGACACUCAAUCGCUUGGGAAGUGUCACUUGAGGACGAUCCACUUUACGCGCCUGGCAGUACGAAAGUCGUUGGUAGGAGACGACGAAAAAGCAGUGACAUGUCCAGCGUUGGCUCAGCGUCGAAACUUCGUGACUUUGACGACUGGCAAGAUCCGCGAGUUUCAACAACAGACGACGAUUUAAUAUCGCCAUAUUCCGAUUCAUCGACAAAUGAUCUCGAUCAAAUACAACCGCAGGACAUGUCAAAGAGUGGAACGUACGUGAUACGUAAAGGCAGGAAAAAGGAGAGGAAAAUUUUACCAAAUUCACCAACACGAAUAAAAACAAUUGAAUUCGAUGAUCAAGAUGAUAAUCGUUUAUCAGAGGUGAAGCGAUAUUCGAGUACCUUUGACAAUAUCAAGAGUCUACUGAAGGAUGGCGAACACGAGAACGAUUCAUCGCCUGCAAUUCCAAACGAUUUGAUUCGCGUUGUUUCCCUUCCGGCGAUAAACAACGAGGCCGGAAGUCGUACACAACUCGAAAUCACCGUCGAGGAAGAGGAAUCAUCCGAUAUUGUUGAGAAGGAAAGAAAAAAUCGUUCAUACAUUAAAGUCAACAAUUAUCAGGACGAUGAGGACGAUGACGACGACGAUGAUGAUGAUGACGAUGUCGUUGACACUGGCGGCGGUUUCUCGGGAAAAUUCAAUUCUACCUCAAUGUCCAAUUCGAAAAGUUUGGACGCAAAAAUUGCCGUCAAUCAUUUUCUUGAGAAUAUACCAGCGUCGAGAAAAUUAUCCAGUGAACAUCGUCUCGAUUCAAAAAUACCAGUCAGCCUAUUAAUUGAGGAUCAAAUUGUGAAGAAGGCAUUAAAUGAAAAUCGACGACAAUUGGAGAAGGUCAGCGAUGCAAUUAAGGAAAUUGAGAGUGUAAAAAAUAGUGAGUCUUACAUUGAUAGUAAACGAUGGCGGAACGGUGACGUGAGAUCUAAUUCGAAGAGAAAUAGUUACGAGAAUGAUCAAGAGAAAAGAAUUGCGGAUAAUCCCUUUGAUAAUCGUCCAAAGAGACAGCAAAGCUCAGAUUCGGAAACAUCCAAGACAUCGAGCUCGGAAAUCGAUUUCGAUAGGAGAAAACUCAAUGGGAAUGAGGUUUAUUCAUCGGGCAGGCGUAUCCGACAGAAUGGAAUCGAAAAUCAUAAAAAUGAUCAGAAACAGAUUGAGAAUGUUAUCGAUGCCAUUCUUGAGGAUUCGAAGAAUCCUGAUUUUCAGGUGAGCGUUGAAGUUCUUGAAUUCCCGCCUCUGCCACCGUCGCCAGUGGAGGAAGCCGACGAGGAAAGUUCCGACGUUGGAAAUAAUGCUGUAAUUUUAACGAAAUCGAAAGUCCACAAUAAUCGAACUGUUGAAUACAGACCGCGAGUACCUCCUCAUCGUGGCCUUAGCACCGAUUCAAAGGAGCAUCAAAAUUCCCUCAACACUAGGUCCAUGGACGCAGGUUAUUCAAGAAGUCGACGAACGCCAACUGCCAGCAAUUCUAGACGCGAGGUACCUGUGGAACGGAGGACACUGCCGACUGAUUUGCCAGGACCAUCGAGAAGAAGGCCUUUUACGAAACGACAUUCGCCCUCGACGGAGGCAUGUUCAUCGAGCGGAAGCGGCGGCGGGGUGAUUGGAAAUGUCGCAACGAAUUCAGGAAUGCAAACGUCCUGCUCACUUCCGGAGACUCCGGUUUUCGCGAGAGGCAGCGACAUUCCUCGGACACCGCAACACGGCGGAAAUCCAACGCAACCACGUCGACAACCCGGAUGGUACGCUCCCACCACAGCAACAACAGGGUAUCGGAGGAAUAAUCCGGGAUUGGAGCAGGCGAUAAUUGGAACUGAAUUGCUGCGAUUGGCAGGCGGUCCAAAUAGAGGCUGGUAUCCAACGAGGAAAGCGAAUCAACCACGUCCAGCGUCCAUUGAACAUUUGGAGCGCCUUAACAGUACGUUCGAUGCGAGACUUCCCGGUGCUGGGGAUCAGAGGAAACCAUUGACACUACCGACCAAUAUCACACCGAACAAAUACUUCGGCCAAAGUAAGCACAGCUCAACCUCCAGUACACGCGAGGCGCUACGGAGGGUCACUAGCUUGCUCAUUAAGAAAGGAGGCGGAAGUAAAGACGCAAAAGGAGGAAAGGACAAUGUUGCAACUUCUGGUCCAUAUACAGUUGAAGCCAGUGAUGCGCCUAAGAAGAAAGGAUUCUUCAAGAAUUUUUGGAAGAGGUCACGUCACUAUUCUCUGGAAAACCAAUAGCCCAGGUGCGCCAGAGUAACCAAUCGUCAACGACAGCGUCAAGAAAAUCAUCAACGCCACAUUCCCACCACAACACUUUCAAGUAACCCUUGCUGUUGCAUUAUUCACUAACACAUGGACUUUAAACAAAAAGAGGGCAAAAAUUAAAAACGGAAGACAAUCCAUUUUGAAAUUCCCGCAAGCCUCGAGCAACGUUUGCUUUUAAAAGUGGCUUUAAUUGAUAUUCACAAGGUCAGAAAAAAAGAGACGAGAAAAAAAAGUGAGAACGAUGACGAAGAGAAACUCGCUAUCGUUCGAAUAUUCAUCUCUGGUGCCCUUUUGAUAACAGAAAGUGAAAUAACAAAGAAAAAAAGGAUAUUAAAAAAAAAACGAUAAAAAGUAAAUUUGAAAUGCAUGAUUGUCAUAAAGACGAAUGUGAGAGCGAAAGAGAAAGUCGAUUCUUUUUUGACAAAAACCGUUUUAGAAGCACGGGGUAGUGAAGUGUUUUUUGCAAUACAAGAGGUAAAAAUAAUAUGUAUAAUAAUGUUGUCGUGACGUUUGGUAGACUCUGGAUUCUUCGAGUAUGUGUUUUUAAACGUUUGCACAGACCAUAUGUAAAAGUACGCAAUGUGAUUCAAAAAAACGUUUUUCUUUCAUUUUCGUUUCUUUUUAGCGAGUUCGAAUUUAAAAACAAAAAAAAACAAAGCCUAGCUUAAUAAUAACGUCGAUUAAUUGCUGAAUUUAUUAUUAAAAAAAACGGCCUAAUAUCGUCCGUUGCUUUUUUCUACAAAAAAAUGAAUUUUGAUUUUUUUAAUCAAGAAAAUUUUUUUUUCCCAAUCAAUUUUUCACAUCUCAGUAUUUUCUGAGAAUUUAAUUUAUUCUAGAAAAACCAAAAGUUGAAAAUUCUCAUAAAAAGGAGAAUUAAAAUUAUUUAUUUUCAUUUCUUUUCUCUCUUUAAAAAUAAUAUUUAAAAAAACAGACAAAAAAACUAAUGCCUUCAAAAAAAAAUCGAGAUUUAAGCUGAAACUUUACCAAGUUUCGGGAUAUUUUUAAAGAAAAAUAUCGAAAUUUCUUAACGAACAUAAAUUUUUUUUUCCCUUUUUCACACAAAGAGAUGUUCUAUCGACAAACAUCGAUAAAUGACGUGAUUGUUUUACUCGGCCCUACAUAGCUGCGUGUAAGGCAUCGGAGUUAAAAUAAGUUUUACGAGUGAAUAAAAAAAAGAACUCUUUAAAAAACUAUUAAUUUCGGAAAUUUUCUCAAAAUAAAAUGUUUUUUCUCUCAAACAUUGAAGAAAAUUUCUGCAAAAGAAAAUGAAAAUUGCGAUAAUCGUCCUUAUUAUUAAGGUAAAAAAAAAUUAAUAUCGCCGCAAUUGUCGAAUUAUUCGUAACGAAUAAUAAGAAAAAAAAAUGAUUAACUAUAAAUAUUAUGAAUAAAAAAAAAAGAGUAUUCGAGUAUAGCAUUAUACUUAAACGUGUAGACGAUUUGUAACAUGUGAAAUAUAUGAAAUUAAAAGAGAUUGCAAUCGUCUGAAUGAGUGUGAAUUUUUGUGUAUGAGAGAAAGAUAGAGAGAGAAUGAAAAGUAUGAUAGAAGAGAAAAAAUGUUAUUAAUGAUUUUACGAUUGCAAAAAGUUAACAGAAUUAUUUAACAUGUUGUAAUGUUACUAAUAAUGCGAUUACAAGCUCGGUAACAAAAUAACAAUAAUAUUCUUAAUAACAUUAAUAAUGAUAAUAUAUGAUUACUUGAGAUUCUUGCUGAUAAUAUAAUGAUUACGAAAAAUGAUAACGGUAAUGCGAUUAUUAUAUUUAAUAUAAUUUUUAAAUUAUAAUAAAUUAAUCGUAGUCAAAACAGAAUA